AUGGCAAAUACCGAGUCGGAUGGGUUGGAUUUUUCCGCUUUAGUGGAUUCCCCGCCACCAGCUCCUCCUUCUCCACCCCCUCCGCCACCGCCUCCUCCAGACGAGGGCGAAGUACUUGAUAUUGCUGUUGCGGUGAAGAAGAAGCGCCGACCGUAUCGUCACAAGAAGUUUGGCUGCACGGUAGCUGAACAGAUCAUGAAAGUAGUGGCGGCCAAUAAAGAGCGCCGGGGUUUGUCGGUGGCUGCUAUGAAGAAGCUGUUGUCGGCCAGUGGUAGUAACAUUGGGCACAACAGCUCGCCGCAUAACCGGGCCAUGCGGAACACGGUUAAACGAAGUCCCCUGGUUAAGACAUCGGGCAGUAUUGGUGCAUCGAGGUUGGCCCGUAUGGGUGGAGGAGUUAGUAGCAAGCUAGAAACCUGUUCUCAGAGAGACUCUAAGAAAACAUUUCCUCAGAACCGUAGGCGGAGGAGACGGGUAGUGGCCCGGCGGAGGGUGGCAACGGUGAAGCGACCGUCCAGGCCCCGAAAAGUUAGAAAGUGGACCGCACAGAGUAGGAAACGACUGAGUGCUUUGAAAAGGGGUGCGCGAAUGAAGAAAUCACUUGAUAUCCACUCGAGCUCCCAACGUUAUGGUGAAGAGUCCGGUACCCACCCACAGCUUGAACCUAAUCCCCGUCCCUUAGCCAAUAGCGGAGAGUCGACGUGUGAUAAAAACGGCUCUUCUCAGAGCCUUUGA